GCUUCUUGAGUGUGUGAGUAGGACUGCCCUGGCUCGCACCUGGACCGUAGCAGCUGCAACACCUUCACCUGCCGGCCGCCACUGCCCUCCUGGCUGAAGAAGAAGAAAAUGAACACAUUAAACCACAUCGACGAUCAUUUUCAGUAUUUAUUAAUUUUCAACGCCUUGCGUGACUUUCUUGAGUCUCGGAUGUUCCCCGUGUGAAAUUGCAGAAUAAUGUACUGAUGUGUUCGAAAAAAGAGGCCAUCACAACUGCACGUGUUCCUGGAAAGACUGUAUGGCGUCAACAUUUGUCGCUGGUGUCAUCGUAGGCAUUCUGCUUUGGCAAAUUUUCUUCUUCGUGUGCACAACUAUGCUGAGAAGGCCCCCAAUGAUGGCCCCAAUGAUGGCCCCAAUCCCCUCACCUAUGAAGAGAAACUCCCUGCUGGACAACAGUUGUAGGAUCUAUGCCAUCACAGUAACCUGUAGACGAAGCACGCAAGCCCCGGACUUGGUAAGGAUCAGCCAGACCCUGCGUAGUGUGCCUAAUAUCUUCUGGAUCAUCUACGAAGUAGCUCCUGCACCGUCUCAGCUCGUGCAGGAUAUCCUGUCUCGCAGCCAAAUCUCACACCGGUAUAUGCACGUCCACGACAGGCGAAACUCUUCUAGAAGCUGCGAGCGUACUUUGCUCUAUUUGGAAGCUCUAGAAUGGCUGCGAAAGAGCAUUACUUUACCUACAGGAACUGUCAUCUUCAUCAACGAGCAGCACGUCUAUCACCAUCAACUCUUUAGAGAGAUCCGCUGCACCAGAUCUAUAAGUGUCUUCCCGGUAGGUCUGGAAGGGACCAUUUUGUCCAACCGAAUCCGGAUCAGCACACCUAUCUUGAAGGAAGGCAAAGUGGUUGCCGUCGCUGGCUCUGCUUUAUUUUUGUCUGGUACGGCAUUCUCACUACGUCUCCUUCAACUGUCACCAACGUACAUUGGCGCUGCAGGAGAAAGAUUUCUCAACUCUACUUCUACAGUGGCCCAUUUAUCUCUUAGUCUCAUGGAUCUGGUGCCUGUUGCGAAGAAUUGUACACAGAUUCUCACCUGGAAUACUCAGACCAACUACUACGCAACGUUUCCCCAUUUUUCUGCUUUACAUAAAUCACUUCCCCAGCAUAUACCGCUUUCGCAUACAAACCUCGUUAGACUGUAUCGGAGCAUGUCGCAGUAAAUAUAUACUUGCAAA